CUAUUCGAGCAUUGAAACUCCAUCGGGUAUUCUGGAAACAACCUCCGUUUCUACUCCGUUCCCUCUAUAAAUCAGUCCACGCUACGCAAUCUCUUCGCCAUUUUUUUCCUCUUCUGAUUUGACAUUCACAUAUUUCUCAAUUCUUGAUUCUUGAUUCUUGAUCAGUUAGGCAUUUUCUCAAACACAUUACCAUGGCUGAAGAUGGCACUGUCACGGUCUACAGUAGAACCGCCAUUACCGAACGAGAAAUGAAUUCAUUCUCAUCCAAUGCAGGAGGGCGUCAAAUGCCUCGAGGAGGUGCUAUUUUUGAAGUCUCAAGCAUUCGACAAGCCAAGAUUGCAGAAGAAGCCGGUGCUUGUGCUAUCACUGUUUCGGAGCCAAGUCGCCCAGGCAUUUUGCGAAUGAUUGAUCCGUUUCUUCUAAAACUGAUCAAGCAGGCCGUGAAUAUUCCCAUAAUUUCGAGGGCUCGGGUCGGGCAUUUCGUCGAGGCCCAGAUUCUUGAAGCUGUUGGUGUCGAUUAUAUCGAUGAAAGCGAGUUGCUAGCUGUAGCAGACGACCAAAAUUAUAUCAACAAGCUCAAUUUCACUUGUCCAUUUGUGUGUGGGUCUCGAAGUCUUGGAGAGGCAUUGAGGAGGAUCAGGGAAGGUGCUGCGAUGAUAAGGACCCAAGGGGAAUUAAUAGGGUCUGGUAAUAUUGCUGAGACAGUGAGGAAUGUGAGGUCAGUGAUGGGGCAGAUAAGGACUGUGAGCAACAUGGAUGAGGACGAAGUCUUUGCAUUCUCAAAGAAGAUAGAGGCACCUUACGAUCUGGUGGCGCAAGUUAAGCAAAUGCGUCGGCUGCCAGUCGUUCACUUUGCUGCCGGAGGCAUUGUGACUCCAGCUGAUGCUGCUCUUAUGAUGCAAUUGGGAUGUGAUGGUGUGUUUGUGGGAUCAGAAGUCUUUGAUUGCUCAGAUCCUUACAAGCGAGUUAGGGGAAUCAUUCAGGCAGUUGGGCACUAUAAUGAUCCUAAUGUGUUGGUUGAAAGCUGCUAUGGCUUGGCUGAGGCCAUGGAAGGUCUCAAUAGUAGCGAUGACAGGAUUGAGCAUUUUUAGUAGCGCCAGUCUCUAAUCGAAUUAACCGUUGGUAUAUUCAUCAUACAGCACAUAUAGUUGUAUCGGUAAGCCCAUUUAUGUGGUUGAGCAUAUAGUACUUUUUUCUGUUACGGAAAUAGAGUAUGUACUUCUUAAUCUCUUUUCUGCUAUACAUAUUGAUCUGAGAUGGCUUUACCAUU